AUGUGGACAAAAGCCGAGAAACUAAAAUAUCUCGCUAACUCUGUGGUAUGUGAUGUUAAAACCAGACAUAAAGGUUUUAUUCAGAGAUUACAUCAACAAAUUAGAAAAAUGAAAAGACACCUUGUCAGCGUAGAAAACUAUGAACAUACAUCUGAACAGUCAGAAAACAGAGCGGUCAAAUUCCUUUUAUUUAUUAAGAAAACACGUGUCCCCAAGAUGAAGGACACUCCUAAUCUGAAACAUCCCUCCCUGCUCUCCCUGACCGAAGAAAUCAACAGGGAGGAUGUAAUUAAGUUACUGACUGAAAUCCAGAUCAUAGAGACAGGAAAAAGACAAGUAAGAAAUGAAUGUUUACUGAAACUGAUGUCAACACCCGUGUUGCACACAACCGUCAAACUAACAGGUGUUAGUCGUGUAAGACACAUUUCCUGUGUGACGUCAGAACGGGUUUGGAUCACUGAUGGCGUCAACAGCAAUGUAAUCUUGACAAACAUAACAGGAGACACACUGCAUCAACUAACAGAUAUUGCUUCUUAUAUAUGGAAUUAUGGAGCACACACCGUGGACAUUACAGGUGAUCUUAUUUAUAUAGAUAGGGAUUAUAACAUCAACAAACUUUCUAAAGAUAACAGAACAAAGUCUACACUCAUAAAGAAAACUGAACAAUUGGAACCACAUUGUGUCUACUGCUCUCCCUCCAAUGGAGAUCUUAUGGUGGUGAUGUAUAAUACUUAUACAAAGACAGCCUUUGUAAACCGUUACAAUAACACAGGAGAACACACACAGACAAUACAGUACGACAACACACGUCAGAAACUGUAUAGACUACCUAAUUACAUCACAGAGAACUGCAAUGGAGAUAUCGUUGUGUCUGACUAUGAUCGUGCUGUAGUCGUGACAGACCAUGGAGGGAGACAUCGCUUCUCCUACACAGGACCUCCAUCUGGAUCAGGACUACGACCACGUGGUAUCUGUACGGACGCGCUAUUGAACAUCCUUGUAUGUGAUGUGAACACUCACACAGUACAAAUGAUAGACAAGGACGGACGCUUUCUAUCACUUAUACUUACACCCAAGCAAGGGAUAAACAGACCACAGGGCCUGUAUUAUGACGUCAAAAGUCACCUUCUCUGGGUGGGAUCAUGGAACAAAUCUGGUCUACUGUGUGUCCUCCCUGUCGUGAGAAAGGCUCAGUGGUGGAUCCAGCAGAGGUGUAUCUUCAACAGAGUCUGGUCUACUGUGUGUCCUCCCUGUCGUGAGAAAGGCUCAGUGGUGGAUCCAGCAGAGGUGUAUCUUCAACAGAGUCUGGUCUACUGUGUGUCCUCCAUGUCGUGA